GACCAACAAGAAAAAAACCCAGGAAAAACAAGAACAAAAAUGUAAGGAACAAUGCCGCAGGAGGAGGCGAGGGUGUCUGCAAAUGGAAGAAGGGCGUGCAUCUUCUACAGGUUGAUGGUGGACUCCCUCCUCCAUGAGAAGCGACUGCGUAUUGAGUGAAAGAGAGAACACAGGAGAAAAGAUCAUGCUGGUGGAAUGAAUGGUCGGUCACCUUGUUGAACGACUGAAAUUUUUGUGGGUCGAAUCGUUGGGCAGCUGUUUCUUGAAUUUGAAAAAAAUUGUUGGGAAAGGUGGCAUGAGAGGAGUCUGAAAAAUUGAGCCUUUUUGACAGAAUUUGUUGGACCCAAUUUCACGCAAAAGUUUGACCCGGUAUGAACCGGCUUAGAGCAUGACCCGAUUUUGGUUGAGAUGUCUAUUGCAUUUUUAAUGUGCAUUCCUUCUUUCAUUCUGAGAGUUAAGAAGGUCUGCAGGAGCUAAUUUGGCCUAUGUAGUAUGUGGGCAGCUGUUUUAAUUUGUUCUUUAUACUUGCUCACGUUCUCUGUACAUAUGGGGUCCAUGAACUUCAAUGGUGAUUGAACACAUUCGUAUUUUGGCCCUCUCGUGAUGAUCAAUUGAAGGGAGAAUGGCAUUAAAUUUCUUUCAAUCUGCAGGGGAUUCCAAAAAAGUUUGCUCGGAAAUACGGGGAUGAACUUUCUGAUGUCGUUAGGCUUGUCGCUUCCGAUUCUAGUAUCUGGCUAGUUGAGUUGAGAAAACAUGACCACAGAUUAUGGUUCCAUGAUGGUUGGCAGAGAUUCAUGGAACACCAUUCCAUUCAUUCCGGUCAGUUUCUGAUUUUCAAGUAUGAAGGGGGCUCCACAUUUCAUGUUUACAUAUAUAAUCUCACCGCUUCCUGGGAGAAGAAUCCUCACAAUCCUCCUGGUAGCGAAGAAUUUAUUUCGAGCAAGCAAUUUCCAACGCCUAUGGAGGAAAAUCGAGAUACUGACAAUGUUGUCGAAAUCAGAGACCUUUGCUGUGCAUGCUCGAUUCGUAGCCGUUUAAAGGACAAGUGUGUGGAUGAAUGUCAGGGUCGGCGAACGUCAAACAGGAAUCAUGAUGGCAUCAACAUCAUCAAGCCUGAGCCUGUGACUGAUUGGCAGGCCUUCCAUCGAGAUAAGCGGGUACAAGUCGAUGGAGUUGGGGUAGAUUGGUUGUCUCAGAGAAACAGAUUCUUGAAAAGGAGAAAGCAAAUACAAGAAUCUAAUGCAGGUGAAAGUGAGCCGUCAGUGAUGAGGAAAAACGGAGAUGAACUUCCUCCUCUCGAGGCAUCCUAUGGAAAAUCUUCAAGGGAGUGGAAUGCUGCAAUCGUCAAGGCAAGAGACAUGGCUAUCCGUGCAUCUCACAUGGAUGAGCCCAAUAAUCCGUUCUUUCGAGUAAUCAUGCGGCCAUCAUAUGUGAAAGAGAAAUUUCUUUUGAAUCUGCCAACCUCUUUCGUCAGGGUGUAUCUAAAGGGGGCCUCCAGAGACAUCACUCUUGAGGUUUCUGAUGGGAAGAAAAGGCACGUCCGAUGCAUUCUCUUCAGUGGCAAAGGCAAGAUAAGCAGAGGUUGGCGUGAAUUUGUGACAGACAAUAAUCUGGUGAUAGGAGAUGUCUGCAUCUUCGAACUGGUUCGGAGAGAAGACAUUGUGCUUAAAGUUACCAUAUUUCGAGUUCCUCAGAUAGGGGUCGGGGCCGACUGUCGCGCAUCCUGUUCAACAGGAAGCUCUUCGGGGAAGCUGAUGUUUAAUAGUUCACAGGAGCCGGCUGAAUGUCUCUAUACUUCUGAGACACUUCCGUAGCCAGAUUUUGACAAACUUUUUGUGCAGUGGGACUAAUUUUUGCUAGUUGAGGUGGAUGGCAAUGCUCUGCUCGUUGGCCAUGCUCGGUCGGCAUUCUAAUGCCCUCGGGGAGUGUUGCAUUUUGUAGCAUGUAACGUAGGUACGCUCCAUGGACCAGACUCUGUUGGUUAUAUCCUGGUGAAGACAACUUGGGUUGUAAGUAACUGGGCAUUGGCAUUGUGCAUAGAAUGACUGCCAAACGAUUAAACAUGUCUAGCUUCCUCCAUCACACGUCGCAUGCUGUUGUAAUUUGCAUAUAGCACGUGAUGAACUGAUGAUGAUGUAUUGCUGAGACGAUUAAGCCGCCGGCAGCGCUUGACCCUGUGCUCGUGGUUGCUGCUGCUGCUAGGAGAAUGAGCAAGGGUUUCUCUAGUUUAUAUGGAUCGUGACCAUGCCGAGAGAUUCUCCUUGCGCUCAGAACAUGUCGGUUUUAGCCCACAUGAGCCGAUUGUAGCUUGCUGGGGUUGCGAAGUUUCAUAUACCCUCGACGGGGACAGAAACAUGGUGCUCCUAAAACAACCCGAAAUUAUCUUUGUUGUGCUCCAUGGAGAAUAAUGCUCUCGCCGUGCUGAUCGAAAAACAUAAACUUUCUUGCGUU